AUGCGUCUAUAUUGCACCAUGCUGCUUGUUGCGGCAGUCGCACUCGUCAACACCAACGAUCUAGUUGAUGGCGCUGUUAAACAAAGGCGUUUGGGUCUAAAGGACUUGUUAAGAGGGGCAUCAUCGAGCACAAAGUAUACUAGCUUGGAAGAACAUAUGCCUGGUGAAGAGGCUUUUGCGAAGCAUGCUGAUGAGUAUGAAAGUAUGAAAGAUUUGGUCGAGAAGAAUCAAAUUGAGACUUUGAGAAGCAAAGCAAAGAUUAAGUCGGACGAAGAAUUAUAUGAUCACUUUCUCAAUUAUUACAAUCAAGAUGAAAAAAUAUUUUUGAAGCAUAUUCAGGAAAUUAAGAAAUCUCCGGAGCCCAACAUCGUCAAAAUAUUUAGAAAAAUCUUUUUUAUAAAGUGGCAAAAGCUUGGACUAGGACCAGCUGACGUCGAAGCUAUCGCUGGUGAUUAUUGGGCUUUUCUAUAUCGUAGAGAUAUGAAGUAA